AUGGUGACGAGCGCAGCCCUCAACCACGAGGCACUCCUCUCCUGGACACGCGCCCACCCCUUCGCCUCCCUGUUCACUCUCCUCGUCCUCUACAUCACCUACAAGCUCGCCCUCCGACCCAUCCUCUUCCCGUCGCCCUACCUUCUCCUCCCACGCCCCGUCCGCGCCUCCUACAUCCUCGGGCAGCGCGUCGUCGAAGCCAAAGGCUCCACCUUCACCGACCCCACCACCGGCACCCGCACCCUCAUCUCUGGUCCUGGCGAGGUCACAAAACACUACGCGCAGACGCUUCACACCGGCGUCUUCGUCUUUCCCGAACCGUUUGGUGGCGAAACCCUCCACAUCUCGGAUCCCUACGCCCUCAAUGCGAUCCUCAGCGACAUCGAUACGUUUCAAUCCGACCUCCUCCGCUCCACCAUCAUCGAGUUUAUCGUGGGUAACGGCAUCGUGACGCGGUAUGGCGAUGCGCAUCGCAAACAACGCCGCUUGAUGGCACCCGCCUUCACACCGGCACAUUUGAAAGGGUUGAUGCCCGUGUUUGCCAAGUAUGCCGAUCGGAUGUGCGAUAAGAUCGACAGGCAGGACGGGGAGAGGGUGGAUUUUGGCGAGUAUCUCGAUGUUACCAUGCUCGAUAUCAUCGGGUUGGCAGGGUUCGGGUAUGAUUGCCGUGCGCUCGAAAGGGGUCGAGAUGGAAGCGAACUGAGUAGUGCGUUCAACAGCGUCAAUCAGGCGGCGAUUGAUUUCGGUAUUGGGAGGGCGAUCCAUUUGGGGUUGAGCGCCAUGCUCUAUCCCAAAGCGUGCAAGUGGCCCUUGUCAGAGGCCAAUCGACGCAUCGAAAAGGUGAACCGCGUCAUGGACCGCAUCAGCAUGUCGAUCGUCAAGGAGGCCAAGCGGUCCGUUGUGGCGGAAGGCGAGGAUCUGGGUGAUAAGAAAGAUCUACUCAGCCUGCUGGUCAAGUCGAACCUCUCCGCGGGGGCAGGGGAGAGGAUGACGGAUCGCGAGAUCGCAGGGCAGAUCCAAACCUUCAUGUUUGCAGGCUACGAGACGAGCAGCGUCACCACCUCGUGGGCGUUGUACUUUCUCUCGCGCCACUCCACCAUCCAGUCCAAGCUGAGGCGGAUCAUCGAGGAAGUGGUGAAAGAUCGCAAAGGGGUUUCGCUAGAGGAGCUGAGCGCGGGGAUGCUCGACUACGACGAUGUAUGGUGCGACGAGCUGCGCUAUCUGGACCACAUUCUGGCCGAAACGCUGCGCCUCUGCCCACCGGUUCCUGGAAACGACCGCGAAGCGACGUCCGACGCAGUGCUCCCGCUCAUGACUCCCGUCCAGCUCAAGGAUGGGAGGUCGAUCGACAAGCUCGUAGUCAAGAAAGGUUCACGCGUCACCAUCGGGAUCAAGACCGUCAACUACGACCGUCGCCUCUUUGGUGAGGACGCAAACGAAUUCCGCCCGGAACGAUUCGAAGACCUACCGCAGGCGCAUGCAGAUGCAAAGCUACCCCCUUAUGCCAUGUACAGCUUUGUUGGCGGCCCCAAGUCUUGCAUCGGCUCGAAAUUCGCUCUGACGGAAAUGAAGGUGUUGCUGAUCGCCGUGUUGGCGCGGUUCGAAGUGUCGGCGGAACCGGGGCUGGAGAUCCGACAGCAUCAGGCACUCAUUGUUCGACCCCGCGUGGAGAACGCCACCGACGGUCCCGCUGCAGGUAUGCCACUCCGCAUCAAGCGUCUCCCCCACAAGACCACUCUAUAG